CUCAUGCCCACGGCGCUGAGCGCCAAAACUAAGAUCUCGGUGGACCCGGAGUUGCGGCAUGUACGGGUGCUGAAUAAGGAAACUAAGCAGAUCGUUUUACACCCUAUGGUCCAAGGCCUAGAUGGCAACGUAUACGUACCUUCACUACAACUGCAAAUGCUCGACAAUGGCAUACUGAGGAGCGCCCCAAACAUUCAAAGUGUGACCCCUGGCAAUGGACCACUAGAAGACCCCUUGAACAUACAUAAUGUUCCCCCACCACAAGUAACCCCGGCUAACCAAAGUUACUCACAACUCCGACACAGAUUAACAACACAAGAGCACAAUAAUGAGAAUAAAGAGAAAAGCGAAUAUUACAACUUCUUGGUCUCACAAAUGGAAAAGAAACAAAACUCAAAUGUAGAAAUAAUCAAAAUGAACGAUUUGAAUAUCGUUCUUAACGUCGAUGAGGGUGAGAGUAAGAAGAAACGCAAGCGUAGCGGGGGUUCUAUGGAGAAAACUUUGAGUGAAGUCGAGUUGUUGUUGAGUGAGAACGCACAAGGCGGGUGUGAGAUUAAGUAUGAGAUAAUAGAUGAUGAUGAUGACGUUAAGGAUAAAGUGGAUGCUUCGAGUAGGCCGGUUUUGAAGACGGACCGGACGGUGGACUGGGAAGAUAAAAUACCCAUGGACGUGAUAUCUUUUAUGGACGCAACAGACCCGAAUCCCGAGGAGCGAAUAAUGCAGCCGCCCCCUAUGGGGGUCAUAUCGGACGUCCGCUCCGUACCGAACGACUUUACCGAACCCAUCGAGUGCAUCGACCUCUGUUGACGUGUAUACACGUCCACUUUAACCAUAGACUAUAACAGGACGCCGGGACCGAGUAAUCAGCUGCCCCUAUGGGGGUCAGAGAUCAUAAGAGCUCUAUGUGUCAAAAACUUUAUUUAGGUUAUUGUAAUACGAAGAAAU